AUGAAGUUCAUCGACGUCGUCUUCCGAAUGCUACAAACAACGGAGAAGGCGUUGUCAGUGGAACUACUCGGCCGUCUGUGGUGCAUGGAUCAGGAGAGCACAACGAUCAACAACACCGUCGAAAUGGCGUUCGGUGAGUUGCCGACGGAUACGCUGGCAGACAUUGGUCUCGUCCGACACACGCUGCUCUGUUGUGACGACAUCAGCUGCGAAAACAGCUUUGAUGAAAUAGUCACCAGAGUGUGGAUUCGCUUCCCGAUGGACAUCAUGUCGAACAGCGUCCAAGAUCAACUCGACGCACUUCGGACCCGCCCUCGCCGAGCCCGCUGCCCAAUCUGCGAAUCCACGACGCCCAGCGUUGCUCACAGUUAUCGCGGUUGGAAGUGGAUGAUCGUCGAGAACAUUGGAUGCAAGGACCCCGCGAAUGCGUGGUUCCUGGAAGUGGACAGACUCGUGACCGUCGGCGGCAGGGAGUACAAACUGGUCGCGAUUACCUUUUCUCAAUCCGAUCGGAAUGUGCCCGAAUGCGUGCUUGUGAUCGACGGACAUGCUCAGCCGGAUCCGAAGACAAGUACUUAUAAUUUCCUGAUUUACAAGCAAUGCUAA